AUGACUUCCUUCACUAAGCUCGAGGACCAUGAGACCCCGGUCAUUGCGGUUCAUCCUUCCCGCCGCGUCUCGAAGAUCAACCCGAAUAUCUAUGCUGGCUUUACUGAACACAUGGGCCGAUGCAUCUACGGCGGCAUCUAUGACCCCGGUAACCCGCUGUCUGACGAGAAUGGCUUCCGAAAGGAUGUCCUCGGUGCACUGAAGGAACUCGAUAUCCCUGUCGUCCGGUAUCCCGGAGGCAACUUCUGUGCUACCUAUCACUGGCUGGAUGGUGUCGGUCCUAAGGAUCAGCGGCCCUCGCGUCCCGAACUUGCCUGGCUAGGCACAGAGACAAACGAGUUUGGAACAGAUGAGUUCAUGAAGUGGUGUGAGGAACUCGGCACCGAGCCCUAUCUGUGCUUCAACUUUGGCACUGGCACGCUGGAUGAAGCUCUUGCGUGGGUGGAAUACUGCAAUGGCACUGGCAACACAUACUAUGCCAACAUGCGCCGCAAGAAUGGCCGCGAAGAGCCAUACAACGUCAAAUACUGGGCCCUCGGAAACGAGGUAUGGGGCCCAUGGCAGGUCGAACAAAUGACCAAGGAAGCAUAUGCGCACAGGGCAGUGCAGUGGGCCAAAGCCCUCAAACUCCUCGACCCCAGCCUCAUCCUUAUCCUCUGCGGCCAAGACGGCACCGCAACUUGGGACUACUACACCCUAAAUCAAUGCCUCCUCCCGGCGCACUCCGCCCUCUCCACCAGCGCAGUGCCUCUCAUCGACAUGCACAGCAUCCACCUCUACACCUCCUCAAACGAGCACCUCCCCAACGCCACAGCCCCUCUCGCCGCCGAACGCGCCAUCGAAAUCACCUCUUCGCUCAUCGACCUCGCCCGCAUCGAAAACAAGGUUCCCCCCUCGCAGCCCCGUCCAACAAUCUGCUUCGACGAAUGGAACGUCUGGGAUCCCAUCCGCGCCGAGGGCAGCCUCGGCGCUGAAGAAAGCUACACGCUCUCCGACGCGCUCGCCGUCGCAGUCUGGCUGAACGUGUUUGUCCGGAAGAGUCGCGAUCUGGGCAUGGCGUGUAUCGCACAGAGCGUGAAUGUGAUUUCCCCGCUGAUGACUACCCCCGAGGGUAUUGUCAAGCAGACGACGUGGUGGCCGUUGUAUUUGUUUUCGCGGUUUAUGCGUGGGUGGACUGUUAGUGCGCAUGUUUCGUGUGGGACGUACGAGGGAGAGACGGCCCCAGUUUGGUUGAGGAGUGCGGUGCAGACGCCUUGGUUGGAUGUUAGUGCUUCGGUUGGGGAGGAUGGGUUUGCGAAUCUUGCCGUGGUGAAUAUUCAUGAGGAGAAGUCGUUUGAGACUAAGGUUGAGGGGGUGUCGGGGCAGGUCGAGGUGUUUACUGUUACUGGGGAGGGGGUUGCGGCGACGAAUAUGAAGGGCAAGGAGGAGGUUGCUAUUGCGGAGUCGAAGUGGGAUGGGCAGGGGCUUUAUGCAUUCCCUAAGUUGUCGAUUACAUUGAUGAGAUGGAAGGCUGAGUAA